AGGUCGCGACUUGGUUGUGGGAGUGGACCUUGGAAUCUGCUCUCCUCGGUUUGCAGGGCUCAUAAAAUCGAAUAAACAUCCAACAACAAAACGAAAAACAACCAUCCAUCAAGCCUGAAGCUUUAGAAAUCCCUUUGCAUUCUCAAUCAUUUCAACCAUGUCUACAAUUUCUGCGGUCUUCCAGAUUUCCCUUCUCGUGGCCACAUUCCUUUGCACUGUGGUCUUUGGAGAGAUGCUCGUCUUUCAAACCGUUGUCAUGCCCGGAAUCGCCAAGCUCGACGACGGAGCCUAUCUCCGUGCCUUUCAAGUUAUUGAUGGUGUCAUUCAAGACAAUGAACCCAUCUUUGUUGCUACCUGGAUCGGCAGCGUCUUGGUCAUCCUCGCGAGCAUUGUCAUUGCCAUUAUUGCCACCGCAGCCAGUGGUAUUGACAACGUGCUGACGACGGCUCAGUUGGUGGGCUUGAUCAUUGCCACACUUGCAUGGCUCGUUUGUCAAAGGACUACCUUCACCAUCAAUGUGCCAUUGAACAACCGUGUCAAGUUCUUGGACUUGUCUCACAUGAAUGCAACGGAAAAGAACAUGGAACGCAAACACUUUGAAGGGACCUGGUUGAAAUGGCAUUUGUUCCGCACCAUUAUCAUGGGAUUGGUUUCUGUCUACCUCUUGAUCCUUGUCCUUGUGGUGGAGUAGACUGCAGUCAUGAUUUAGUUUAGUUGUACCUGUAGAAUGAUAAAAUCUAGAAGCCCUUUUUGUUA